CCUCUUCAGGUGUUUGGCAACCAUGACAACCACCUGUCUGAGCUUAACCUGUGUGAUGUGAGGUGCAGAGGAACUUCCUGUGUGCCACACCAUGCCCCCCCUCCUCCUGCUGCUGCUGCCGGCGCUGGCUCGCUGUCAGAGCGCCGGCCCGUUUGACGAGUGUCGCUCUCUGCGCGGCUCGGAGGCGGGGCCGGGCUGGGAGUUCUUCCCCUGCCAGCCCCCCCCCGCAAACAUGAAGGAAGUCAUGCAGAUCAGAGUCGACCCACCAGGAAUCACCUGCGGAAACCCACCGGAGAGGUUCUGCACACUGGACAACCCGUACCUGUGCAGCGAUGAGUGUGACGCGUCCAGCCCUGACCUGUCUCACCCUCCUCAGCUGAUGGGAGAUAGGGAGAGGGGGGGGCUCAUCACCUACUGGCAGACGGUCACGUGGUCCAGGUAUCCUGAGCCGCUAUUGGCCAACAUCACGCUGUCCUGGAACAAGAGUCUGGAGGUGGUCGAUGACAUCGUUGUCACCUUCGAGUACGGCCGGCCAACCAGCAUGGUGCUGGAGAAAUCUAUGGACAAAGGUGGAACAUGGCAGCCGUAUCAGUACUACGCCGAUGACUGUCUGGAGGCGUUCGGUAUGUCUCCCAAACGGGUCUCUGAUCUAGCACCGAGCAACUUAACCCGGGUCAUCUGCACCGAGCAGUACUCGCGCUGGGUUGGAGCAAAGGAGGAGAAGCUGGUGGUGUUCGAGGUGCGCGCUCGGUUUGGGGUGUUUGCAGGUCCGAAGCUGAUCAACAUGCACGCCCUGUACACCCGAAUGGAGACCAUGAAGGGUCUGAGAGACUUCUUCACGUUCACCAACCUCCGCCUGAGACUCCUCCGCCCAGCGCUGGGUGGGACAUACGUCCAGAGAGACAACCUACUGAAGUACUUCUACGCUGUUUCAAACAUUGAUGUUCCAGCCAGGUGUAAGUGUAACCAGCAUGCGUCUCAGUGUGUGUUACGGGAUGCGACGCUGCAGUGUGAAUGCGACCACAACACAAGUGGACAGGACUGUCAGCGCUGCAGACAAGGGUUCAAAUCCCGCAGCUGGAGACCGGGGUCAUACCUGCCGCUGCCCAGAGGCUCCGCCAACACCUGUGAGGCAGCAGAAACAGCAGACAACUUUAGCAGUUCAGCAGACUUAUUUCCAUCCAGAAGUCCAGCUCCAGGGAAAGGAGACUCUCUGUACAAACCAGUUCCCCCAAUACCAGACACCACCCCUCCCAGUACCACUGUUAGCACCUCCAGCUACACCGCUGUCGCAGACCCUAGCACUGACUAUGGGGUGUCUGUUUCUGACUCCACCACCUCACCAGACAACACAGACUCCACCCUCUCAUGGACUGGUUUCAUCUUACCUUCUGAUGGGCCGACAACAUCAACAGGGGCUCCAACAACAACAACCCCCCCAGAAAUACCCCUGACCAGCAACAGGGCAAUAUCUGAAGAUACCGACCCAACCAACCAGGCUGGAGAUGCUCUACCCACAGCAGGAGCUGAUACAACUUCUCCUGAUGUUCUUCCAGAGCCUCCGAUCAGUGCUUCUCUUCCUGAUCUACCUGCUCCAAAUGAAGCCAUUCCAGAUAUUCCUCCUCUGGAUGAACCUCCACCAGAUGAAGGUGGAGCCUUUCCACAUAAAGUACCUGAUGAACCUCUGGGAGUUUCACCUCCAGAUGUACCUCCACCUGAUGAAGGUCCUUCUAAUGUACCUCCCUCUGAUACAUCUCUUCUGGAAGUACCUCUCCCAGAUCUACCAUCUCCUAAUGUUCCUCCCUCUGAUAUAUCUCCUCCAGAAGUUCCUCCCUCUGAUAUAUCUCUUCCAGUUGUUCCUCUCCCUGAUAUAUCUCCUCCAGAAGUUCCUCCCUCUGAUAUAUCUCUUCCAGAUGUUCCUCUCCCUGAUAUAUCUCCUCCAGAAGUUCCUUCCUCUGAUAUAUCUCUUCUGGGAGCACCUCUCCCUGAUCUACCCUCUCUUGAUGUUCCUCCUCCAGACGUUGCUUCAGAAGCGCCCUCCUCUAGGACUCCAGAUAUCAUGAUAGAUGUCCCUCCUGUCGAGAAACUGCCUACAGAUAUUCCUUCCCCUGACGUACCUCCUCCUGAUGCUCCUGUAGAGAUCUUGUUGCCUCCUUCUGAAGGACUAGACCCACGCUCCGACACCUUAGAUCCGUCUGACCCUGCUGAUGAUUUGGCCCUAGUGGACAUUAGCUUCCCGUCUCCGGUUGACCCAUAUUCAGCUGAUCGCGGACCAGAUUCUGGACCAGAUGAUAGACCGGUGCCUGUUGGUGAUCCUGGGAACCUUCCAAAUAAUUCCCUUGGAUCUGUAGAUAUUCCUGGAUCAAAUUCAGAGGACUCUGGGCUGGAUUCUGUGUCAGCCGGGCUAGAUACAGAGCAAGCAGUAAGAGGUGGAAUGAAGUCAGUAAAUGAUCCAGGAGUUGGUUCUUCUGCAGCUCCGAUGGAAGCAAAGUCUUCUGGAGAGGAUUCAGGUGUUAGGGGACCAGGAAGAGGCCCAGAAUCGGUUGCAAAGAAAAACUCUAAACAAGAGAAGAUUGAAGAGCGAAAAGAAGAGAAAGUCCCUGAGACCAAAGUGGAAACACAAAAGGAGACAAAAAAAGGAAAGGAGAAAGACGACAAAGGCUACGAGAAAAAAGCAACCCAGAAGAUCCUGAUUCCUGGAGGACCAAAGGUCAGUCAGCUGUCCAAAAUCGCCUUCGUUUCCUUCCAGGGUAAGACCAGCUCUGAGAUCCCUCCCACUGUGAAUAAGCCCCCCUCCUGUAAAUAG